AUGUCAUCCGUUGAUAAUAAAGACCCCAACGAUUUCACCACUGGAAGUGCACAUCCGCAUUACAGAAAUAUUCCUUUGGAUCUCACUACCUCGCCAUUAGAGAGAUACUUUCAAGACAUGUAUUUGUCCGAGAUAAAUGAGCAAGAGCUUCUUACUGACACCACAACCGCAGCAUCAUCCGAUGAGUCUCUCAUGCAUUAUAGUAGAGCCCAGCCUAUCUGGAUACCAGGGGCAUCAGAUGCUUAUAGAUCUCGUCAUAACAAAAGAAAGAAAAGAGUAGACAGUGCACCAACAACUUUUCCAUACACUAUGAAUAACUUUGCUACGCUAUUUGAUACUGACUACACUAAAAGACAGCCCAUGAUUUCUGUUGCCCAAGCAACACAAAGCCAAAAGCAAGUUGCUCAAAGUAGAAAGUCUACUUUUACUGUGGGAAGUUUGAUGGACAGACCACCUGCGCCCUGGCCAGCAUCCUUUACUUUACCACAUGAUGGCAACAACCGCAAAACUCGGUCUUUACACCAGCAAGACAAUGACAGUGCAAGUGAUUCCAUAGAAAGCGGUGACAUUUUGUUUGACUGCGAGAGCGACACAGAAGACACUAUAUAG